CACAUUUCACAGACAUUAGAGUCCUAUAUCUUUCUCGCAGGGUUUAUAUUCGAGUCAGUCCCACAGUGAAGAGCCGACUCUUCCACCGAGGGUUUUAGGAACUAGGGUUUUAGUUUUUACUUUUGAACUCAGCUGAAGAACUGCUUUGUCUGACUGACUAUCUACCAUGUUCUCCUCCAAAUUCCUUCCCUUUCCCUCAAAUCCCUCUCUCCCACUCUCUCCAUCCCCACAUACCCAUCUCUUCAACCCAUCUCUCCUCCCCCAAAACCCUCUUCCUUCCCCCAAUAUCCCAUUCAAGUCCGUCCGUCUUCUUCAACCCAAACCCGUUCUCUCAUCGCCAUCAGGCGACCAAUCUAACCCUGCGUCCGCGCCUGCGUCUCUGCCCAAAAACCAAUCAUCAGAAACCCAAGAGACCCAAGAAGCCCAAGAGGCCAUCUCUGAAUUUCUUCAACAGUCCGGGGUAUCCGCAGCGGAUUCGGAUUUAAUUUCUUCGAACUCGCCGCGGUAUUUGGCGAUGUUGGUCGAUGGGGUUAAGGAAUUGGACGAGCUCUCGCUGUGGGAUUCGUGGAAAAGUGAAGGUAAAGAGUCUGUUGCUGGAGAUGUCGGGUUCAAGAAGAAGGUUUUUUAUAUGGCCAAGGAGAAAGGUGAUAAUGGCAAGGUUGCCUUCUUGGAGAGCGUGGGGUUGAGUCUUUCUUCGGCCAUGAAUGUUGCGCGGUAUCUGUCGGCGGAGACGCUUCCUUGUCUCAUUCAUAGGGUUAAGUGUAUGAAGGAAAUGUUAUUCUGUGGCAGUAACGAUGGGGGGCUCAUUGGAAAAAAUGCUCGUCGUAUGAUGAUGUUCUUAUCAAUUACAAUUGACGAAGAAGUGCAACAAACCUUAUCCUUUUUUGAGAAGAUUGAAGCAAGGCGUGGAGGUUUAGAGACGCUGGGUUCCAACAAUGCCUCUUUUCAAUAUCUAAUCGAAUCAUUUCCUCGGCUCCUUCUGUUAUCGGUCGAAUCACAUAUGAAACCCAUGGUGGAAUUUCUUGAGAAUAUUGGAGUACCCAGAGAGCGCAUGAUAAAUGUUAUUCUAUUAUUCCCACCAAUUAUUUUCUGUAACAUUGAAGUUAUUAAACGAAGAGUCCUGGCUUUCAAGGAGGUGGCUGCAAUGGAUAAAGAUGUUGGCAAAGUGUUAGUAAAAUAUCCAUGGAUUCUGUCCACUAGCAUUCAGGAUAACUACAAAGUGGUUCUUUCGUUCUUUAAUUUGGAGAAGGUUCCAACAGUGAGUGUUCACCGUGCAAUCAAAAGCUGGCCUCAUCUACUGGGUUGUUCAACUAGCAAGCUAAAGUUGAUGGUAGAACAGUUUGAUGAAUUAGGUGUUCGAAACAAAAAGCUCGGUCUGGUUAUUGCUAAAAGUCCCCAGCUACUGCUACGGAAACCUAGAGAACUUCUCCAGGUCAUUUCAUAUCUGGAACAUCUUGGACUUGACAAUGAAGCUAUUGGAAGGAUAAUUGGUCGCUGUCCUGAAAUUUUUGCUACCAGCAUCGAGAAAACUCUCAAGAGGAAAAUUGAAUUCCUUACUGGCAUUGGUGUCCUUAGAGCUCAUCUACCCCGUGUUAUAAAAAAAUAUCCAGAGCUUCUUGUAUCUGAUGUUGACAGAACUUUACUUCCUAGGAUGACAUAUUUGAUGACAUUGGGGCUGACAGGAAAAGAUAUUGCAUUUAUGGUACGUAGAUUCUCUCCUCUACUUGGAUACAGCAUUGAGGAGGUUUUGAGACCAAAGGUGGAAUUCCUUGUGAAUACAAUGGAGAGGCCGAUAACCGACGUGGUGGACUAUCCGAGGUAUUUUAGCUACUCGUUGGAGAAGAAGAUAAAACCUAGAUUCUGGGUGCUAAGAGGAAGGAAUGUUGAGUGUAGCUUGAAGGAUAUGCUGGGAAAAAAUGAUGAAGAAUUUGCAGUCGAGUAUUUGGCGGCCGAUAGCAUGCAUGUCCCCCUUCCCCUGCUCAUCAAUAAAAAGUAAGGUGCUUGUAGCAUAUUCUUCUGUAAAUAGAAUACUCCAUCAGUGAAAAGUGAUGAAGUGCUUGCAUCAUAUUGGUGAUUUUGUAAAGUGAGGCGAUUCAAAGUGGGGAGUUUUAGGGUCAUACAUACUUUAGAAUAUAGGAUUGUUGAACUCUAUUUUGAGAUAAUAUUAAUGCUAAACAAAGGUAUGUUGAGCCGAUCA